AGCCCCUUGCCUUGUCUCUCAUACACACACUAAGGAAAAAUGGUGAAUGUAUUAUCUCGUCUCUUACUUUUUUUGAUAUCAUUGCAUUGUUUUGUGGCUUGCUUAGCUACCAAUACAAAAAACAUCACAACUGACCAAUCUGCCCUUUUAGCAUUCAAAUCACUAAUUACUUCAGACCCCUAUGAUAUGUUGUCUAAUAAUUGGUCAACAUCCUCUUCUGUAUGCACUUGGGUUGGUGUCACUUGCGAUGAGCGACACAACAGAGUCCAUAGUUUGAUUCUCCGAAACAUGAGUCUUAGAGGUACUGUUUCCCCAAACCUGGGGAAUUUGUCGUUCCUUGUUAUACUUAAUCUCUCCCGCAAUAGCUUCAGUGGUCAGUUUCCUAAAGAGAUAUAUCGGUUGCAUCGAUUGAAGGUUAUUUCUAUCACCUUUAAUGAGUUUGUUGGUGGAAUUCCUGAAGCGUUGGGGGACUUAUCACAACUUCAAAUUGUGCAUCUUGGCGCUAACAAUUUUAGCGGUUUUCUUCCCCAAUCGAUUGGUAAUCUUCGCCAGUUAAAAAGUUUUGAUAUUAGUCGAAACAUGUUGUUUGGACCCAUACCUCAAACAAUUUCAAACAUGUCUUCACUUGAAUAUCUUGGUUUACAUCUUAACUACUUUUCAGGUGAAAUUCCAAAAGGGAUAUUGGGUGAUCUUACACGGCUAAAAUCAUUGGCCCUUACGGAUAACCAGCUUUCAGGUAAGAUUUUUUCAUUGGCAACAUUGUCUGUUUAUUAUACUGGUUUCUCUAUAGUAGUAUAUGUUUAA